UUUUUGAAUAUGUAGUUGACUGACAACAAUUGAUGUGAUAUUGCUGCUUGUUCGACGAGCGAAGAAACAAUGUUGCAGCAUGGACUGUUUUCUAAACGAUAACUCAAUAAGUGACGUACAAUCAGAACAUUCUAGAAUAUUGUGGAAUGAACUAGAAGAAGGGGAAGUGGGUCCCCUGCCGCCCGUCUGUUCGAUAUCGUCUGCUGGUUGUUCGUCUGAGGCGAAUGCCAGUUUGAGGUUUGUGCGUGCAUUGAGAGAGGGAGCGAGGUUCACGGGCGAGCAGAGUGGAACUACUCAUAAAUGUCCGGUCGAGGUGGUGAUUGACAACAUCAAUUACGAAAACUGCACCCUGUUUGGCAGACUCACAAUUUGCAAUUUGUACCCGGAAAGAAAAUCAGAGACAACCACUUUCUUCACUGGCGAAAUAAUCAGCGAAAAGAACCCUUUCCUCACUCGAAAGUGGGAGGCCGACUUUGACAUCGACUUACUCCAUUGGUCCAAAUUUUCAGUGCACUUUAAAAAGUUUGAAACCACUUUUAACGAUGAUAAUUUUGAUUAUGAAGCCUUACUUAAUGCAGACGCAGUUUUUAUGCGAUGGAAGGAACUUCUGGUUGUUCCUCGAGGAACUACCGAUUCUGAAGAGUCUGAAAUUUGCUCCUUCUCUGGGUUUUACUACAUCUGUAUGGAUAAAGAGUCGGGGUCCAUAGAAGGAUAUUAUUACCAAAAAAGUGCUAAUGUAAAUGACAGUGGAUACCAGAGUCUGAAGCUGGACUUUCAGCCGGAUGAAUUCAUGGGUGUAUUCCAGAUUAGAUAAAACUAACUCUUCGCUUGAAUAAACAAAUGGAUGCAAUCUAGUUAAAAUAAUGAAUAUUAGAAGACAUUUUGGAAGAAUAUAGUUGCUUAAAUUUUAAAUUAGACUAUUUUUCUAUCGAUAGAAAGUUAUAAAUUUUCGAGAAA